AAGAAGACGAAGUGCGCCACAUCAGCACGCGCGGCUGUUCUUUUGGGCCGAGAACGCGCUUUGCGUUGCGUGAAAACUAUGGAACGCGCCGGCGGUGGCGACGUGCCGACUGCUUUCUCAGCGGGCAAGGGGAAAGCUUCGGGCCGAGGGCGCGGUAAGCCGGCGCGUACGGGACCCGCAGUGGGACCACCUUCGAACCAGCCCACCGCCCCUGUCGCAGCGGCACUGCAGUCAUCGGACCCCGAGCAACGCACUGCUGCGAACCGCCCGUCACAGUAUGGCCAAGGAGACGAGCAGCCCGUACCUAAAGAGGUGAAAGAAGAAGCAAACGAGAAAACCGAGACUUCUAAACCCUUUCGACGCACAGGCUUUCCUUCAAAGAACGUCAAGAUCGACACGCAGAUGACGAAGCGUUCAGCGGCUGCCGCGGACCAACCGUACCAACCCGUGCGUAGAGACGAGCAAGCCCCAACGGCAAAUAGUGGUGGCUGCAGUGCCAACACGGACGGUUCUGAAGGCACUGCCCCUCAUCACCGUCAUCAGCAGUCGUCUGCAUCCGCGACGGGACGCUCAAAGCGUCCAUCUUCCAAUCGCGCCGGUCAGCAGCAUGGCCAGCCUGGAAACAGCGGCGGCCCCGUCCAGCAGCGUCCCGGCGGCGCGAGUGACGAGAAGGCACAUUCUGGAGAGCAGCCUGCGUGCCGGGAGAAAUCAUUCAGCGUCGUGCAGCAAGCAUUGCUAGAUCCCGACGUCCUUACGCCCGAGCAGGUGGAGCGGCUGGUGCACGUUCUCUGCAAGAAGGCGAUCAACGAGGCCGACUGUGCGGAACCGGCAGCGAAGUUCUGCGCCACCGUCAUCAUGAAGGAGAGCGGGGACACGUUCCUCGAUUUCCUGAUGGACAACUGCCGGGAUCGCUUCAGGCAGCGCGACCAGUUGCUGCCAGGGUGUGCAGGCACUGGCAAAACGACCGAGCAGCCGCGCAAGUCCGGAGAGCACAGCCGCGGUUGGACGGGUUUCGUGAGCUUCCUGGCCGAGCUCCUGGCAGCCAUCACAGAGAGAGGAAGCGUGGUCGGCACCAAGCUCUGCGGACGUGCUUUCUGCCUGGCGGCGAUGCUGUGCGAGUGCUGCAAGAACAUGGUCGAUGAGAUGACACAGGACAGCGCUGCCGAGUUGGAGUGCCUUCGCUUCGCGCUGAAGAGCGCCGGCAGGAGCGCCGAGCGAGCCGCUCCCCUCCGCGUGGCGGCGCUGGCCAAGUGCCUGCGGGACAGAUUCCUCGCGGCGGGAUGCCCGCCAGGGGUGCGCGUGGCGCUCCUCGAACUUCUCGAGCUGCGAGCUUCGGGGUGGAAAAUGGAGGCGCUCCAAGAACGCUAUUACACGACAGGUGCCGGUGGUGCUCGGCGCUCUGAUUGACAUUCGGUUGCGAUUGUGCUGUGUUGAGGGGUGCGAAGGCACUGUAGUAAACUGUUAUCAAGCAUGG